CUACAAUAUCUAACUUUUGAGUCUUCCUGUCGAAAGCAAAUUGACCAAAAUAAUAAGGGUAGAUUGCUUUAAAAAAUGGUGAUAUGCAUAGUUUAAAGAAUCUUAAUACCAAAUUUCGAGAAAACCAUGAGUAGUGCUCAAGAUAAACACUCAUGGCUCAACCCUAAAGGCACAACACUACCAGUUGAGCGUGAAGGAUACUGUAUCUCUUCUCUAUUACAAUUUACAUUGAACUAAUAAAUUUACAUUUAUUUUAUCAAAAAUUUAAAUUUAAUCGAAUCAAAUACUAGUAGUAACUGUCAAGUUUCCAUAGCUUCUGCCAUUAAUACCCAUGUUCGACUUUCUUAAGCAUUUAAAUAAUACCCUUUACUCUUUUUACUGUAUAUAUUUUUAUUCUUUAAUGGCAUAAAAAACCCCUAUUUGGCUCUUUUACUUUGAUGUAAUGAUUAAUACUUCUAAGGUUCAAUUUUGGAAUCUUCUGCCUCAUGUUCUUUUUUAGAGGCUGAGUUGGUUUUGUUUUUUUAUGAAUUUUUUAUAUAUUUUUUCUUCAUUUGUUAUUGCAAGCAACUCCAUGGUUGUUAUGGUGUUGGGUUUUCGAUUUCAAUGAAGAAUCUUUGAGGGGUUGACCUAAUUUCUGUAUUUUUGUUCCCUAUUUUCUGGGUUUUUUUUUGAUAAGUUGAGUUUGAUUCUUUUUGGAUCAGAUUAGGGUUUUGGUUAUUUCAGUAGUUUAUACUGAAAAUAAUGUGAAUUGGGUCAAAUUUAGUUUUUCAUUUUGCUAGAUUUUAAAUUUUAGUAUUAUUGAAUUUAGUUGGAGAUUUUCUAUUGUGAAGCACAAGAAAAUCUGAGCAUAGCACCAUUGUAGCAAAAAUGGCUUGUAUGAAGUUGGGAUCCAAGAAUGAUGCAUUUCAGAGAAAAGGGCAGGCUUGGUUUUGCACGACUGGUCUUCCAAGCGACAUUACUGUUGAAGUUGGUGAGAUGUCGUUCCAUCUCCACAAGUUUCCGCUUCUAUCACGGAGUGGGGUCUUGGAAAGAUUAAUCGCUGAUUCUGAUGAGGGGGAAGAGGGUUUCGUUAUAAGCUUAAGUGAUUUGCCCGGUGGAGCAAAAAUGUUUGAACUUGUUGCCAAGUUCUGCUAUGGAGUGAAACUUGAACUUACGGCUUCAAAUGUUGUCUACUUACGUUGUGUCGCUGAAUACCUCGAGAUGACCGAGGAGUAUGGAGAAGGUAACUUAAUACAUCAAACCGAAACAUUUUUGACUCAAGGAGUCCUUAAGAGUUGGAAAGAGUCUUUGAGAGCUCUUCAAAUGUGUGAUGACAUACUUUCCUACGCGGAUCAACUCCAUAUCACAAAGAGAUGUAUCGAGUCCUUGGCCGUCAAAGCUAGCACUGACCCGAAUCUAUUUGGAUGGCCUGUUGUGGAGCGUGGUGGGCCGAUGCAAAGUCCCGGUGGCAGUGUCUUGUGGAAUGGCAUUAGCACGGGUGCUAAACCUAAAAAUUCAAGCUCGGAUUGGUGGUACGAUGAUGCGUCAACUUUGAGCUUCCCUUUGUACAAAAGGCUGAUAGCAGCCAUGGAAUCUCGGGGAAUUAAGCCCGAGAUAAUUUCUGGUUCUGUUGCUUAUUAUGCUAAAAAAUAUCUACCUGGUUUGAACCGGCAUCAGGAUGUCGGUGAUCCUAGCUCCCACCUCGGGCCUUCUAUGUCAAGUCCACCCUCCGAAGACGACCAGAAGCUAUUGAUUGAAGAGAUGGACCGAUUGCUUCCCAUGCAGAAGGGUCUUGUCCCCACCAAGUUUCUUGUUGGUCUCCUUCGAACUGCCAUGAUCCUUCGAGCCGACACAACUUGCAUAUCAAACCUUGAAAAGAGAGUCGGAAUGCAGCUUGAUCAAGCGAAGUUGGAAGAUCUUCUGAUGCCUAACUUCUCUUAUUCGAUGGAAACGCUGUAUAACGUCGAUUGUGUGCAGAGGAUUCUCGAGCACUUUAUGUCCCUCGAUCAGGCUAACGGUGAUAUUUCCUCGUGUUCCAGUGAUGACGAUCAAUUGAUCGGUUCACCUUCUUUAACACCUAUCACAAUGGUUGCUAAAUUGAUUGACGGGUACCUUGCCGAGGUGGCACCCGAUAUCAAUCUAAAGCUUCCUAAAUUUCAAGCUCUUGCUGCUGCUGUUCCCGAGUUUGCUAGACCCUUGGAUGACGGGAUUUAUCGUGCUAUCGACAUUUACCUGAAGUCGCACGCUUGGUUAUCCGAGUCGGAGCGAGAACAACUCUGCAGGCUGAUAGACUGUCAAAAGCUUUCUUUGGAAGCUUGCACCCAUGCAGCUCAGAACGAAAGAUUACCGUUGAGAAUCGUAGUACAAGUUCUGUUCUUCGAGCAGCUGCAACUACGAAAUUCGAUUGCUGGGUGUUUUCUGGUUUCCGAGAAUCUUGAAGGUUCGAGACAGUUGAGAAGCGGGAUGGCAGGAUCCAACGAAGGAGGCUGGACUACGGCCGUGAGAGAGAAUCAGGUAUUGAAGGUCGGAAUGGAUAGCAUGAGAAUGCGUGUUUCAGAACUCGAGAAGGAGUGCACAAACAUGAGACAAGAGAUCGAAAAACUCGGUCGAGUUAAGGGACGAUCAAGCACUUGGGGUAACGUUUCGAAGAAAUUGGGUUUCAGAAUGAAGUCGCAAAUGUGCAGCGCUGAAGAAGGGUCGGUUAGUAACCAAAGUAGCUUUGUGAGUGCGAAACACGAGAAAAUGAAGGGAAGGCUCGGUAAGCACAAAAAGAUGUCAGGAAUCAUUCAAUUGGAUGAAUGAUUGUGAGGGCCCGAUGAUCUUUUGCUACCGACUGUUUCGAUUUCUCGAACUAGAGCAGAAUCUCGUUGAUUUGUGUUCAUGUAUGUGGUUCGGUCCUUGCGACCGCAUCUUUGUAAUCAAUGUGGACUAUAUACGUUCUGUCCGGUACUGGAUCAUUAACUGCUACUUGUAAAGUUUUUUGUGAUUUGUUCUGCUACAUGCCUACGUCUUUUGAAUAGACUCGUCUUAUAAAAAGUCGAUGCGGUUUGGACA